CUCUGAUAAGGACUGGGCACGGCGUCACGUGACAUGGCAUUCGCCCCGCCCCGCUCUAGAUUGGUGAUCCGCCGUAGCCUGUCCAAUCAGGUGCUCCGCUCCCCGCACCCGGUGCUCAGAGUCUGCCGGUGGCGGCCGGCGAGAUGCGUGAUCUAUCCUGAGCAGGAAACCGUGCCCGCGCCUUCCUCCCCGGUGCAUGCGUUGCUCAAAUUUCUUACAACGGAUGUGAAGUCCAGUGUAAAUAUGGUGGAUUUUGGAAAGUGGCCGUUGUUCACUUUGCUAUCACCCCAAGAGGUGGCAUCUAUCCGACAAGCGUGUGUGUUUGGUACAUGUGCAAAUGAAGUCAUCUACACCACCGACAGCGAUGAGGUAUUUGCAUUUGGGCAGAAUUGCAGUAAUUGUCUGGGAACUGGGGAUAAUCAGAGUACGAUGACCCCGAGAAGACUUGAUGUCCUUUGUGGCAAGAAGAUAACUGGCAUUAGUUAUGGCAGUGGACCACACGUGCUGGUCUGUACUGAAGAUGGUGAGCUUUUUGCUUGGGGGCACAAUGGCUACAACCAGCUUGGGAAUGGUAACACUGUCCAAGGUACAGUUCCUGUUCAGAUCUGUGUUGAUGUCCUGACAAAGAAGGUGACACAAGUGGCUUGUGGCUCCCAUCACUCUAUGGUUUUAACUUCAGAAGGAGAGGUAUUUGCCUGGGGAUACAAUAACUGUGGACAAAUUGGUUCUGGGACCACAGCGAAUCAGCCAGUACCUCGCAAGGUGUCUGCCCAGUUACACACCAAGGCAGUUAUUGCAGUUGCUGCUGGACCAACAUGUUCUAUGGCGAUAACAGACAAUGGGCAGGUUUAUGGCUGGGGAUAUAAUGGAACUGGUCAGCUUGGAGUUGGAGGCACUGGAAAUCAAUUAAUUCCCUGUAAAGUUGUGUUUGUUCAGCAAGUGUGUAUAGUUCAGGUUGUAUGUGGCUACAGCCAUACCAUGGGACUGACCGAUCAAGGCUAUCUCUACUCCUGGGGAGCCAACACGAAUGGCCAGCUGGGUAUUGGCAACAAAAGCAACCAGCUUUCUCCUGUUAUAGUUGAGACAACUGAAAGAAUAGUGGAGAUUGCAGCCUGUCACUCAUCUCAUACAUCUGCUGCCAAGUCACAGAGCGGACAAGUUUACAUGUGGGGCCCAUGUCGGGGCCAGAUUAUUCUUGCUCCCCAUCUCACAAACUUUACUUGUACAGAUGAUGUCUUUGCUUGUUUCUCCAACCCACCAGUCAUGUGGCGCGUGCUUUCUGUAGAACCCGAAGACUUUCUAACAGUUGCCGAGUCACUAAAGAGAGAGUUUGAUAGCGAAGAAACGGCAGACUUGAAAUUCCGAGUGGAUGGAAAAGAUAUCCAUGUCCACAAGGCAGUCUUAAAAAUAAGAUGUGAACACUUCCGCACAAUGUUCCAGUCUCACUGGAAUGAAAACUCCAAGGAAAUCAUAGAAAUUGACCAGUUUACCUACCCAGUAUACCAUGCCUUCUUACAGUACUUGUAUACAGAUACUGUGGACCUGCCACCAGAAGAUGCUAUAGGACUUCUAGAUCUUGCAACAUCCUACUGUGAAAACAGAUUAAAGAAAUUGUGUCAGCAUAUUAUCAAGAGGGGGAUAACUGUGGAAAAUGCCUUUCUAUUACACUCCGCUGCUGUCCGGUAUGAGGCAAAGGAUUUGGAAGAUUUUUGCUUUAAAUUUUGUGUCAACCAUCUAACCGGAGUGACGCAGACCAUGGCGUUUUGGCAGAUGGAUGGCAUGCUGCUCAAGGACUUCAUCAUGAAAGCCGGCCAAUGUGGAGGAUUUAAGAACUGAUGUCACUGUUUCUGUAAGGAAGGGGGGUG